AUGGUAUUCCAAGAGCCGAUGACCAGCCUCAAUCCCGUUUUCACGAUCGGCUACCAGAUUUCGGAGGCGAUCCGACAGCAUCAAGACCUUCGCGGCACCGCUGCACGGAACGCUGCAGUCGAGAUGCUCGACCUCGUGGGCAUCCCGGAACCCGCGGCGCGUUACGAUGAAUAUCCGCACCAGAUGUCCGGCGGUAUGAAACAACGCGUCAUGAUUGCGAUGGCACUCUCCUGCCGUCCAGGGCUCCUCAUCGCCGAUGAACCGACAACCGCACUGGAUGUUACCAUACAAGCACAGAUCCUUGAACUCAUCCAACGCCUCCAGCAAGAGCUGCAAAUGGCGGUGCUGUUGAUAACACACGACUUGGGGUUGUUGCCAAUAUAG